AGUCCCCUGAACAACUGGAAUAGCCACAUUUAUUUAUUUAUCUUAUUUAUUAUUGUACUUUAUUUAGUAAAAAAGUAAAAUAAAGUAAAGUGUAUUUUCUAGUGAGACUUGCAUAGGAAGGAUUUUCUUUGCAAAUCGAAGGACACUAGGAUACUACCAGCACCGUGACAGAGAAAAUGGCAGACAGAUCACUCCUAGAUCGUUUCCUGUGCUGUCAUAUUUGUUCAGAGACUUUCAGAGAGCCUGUUUCUCUGGGCUGCAACCACAGCUUCUGUUCCAGCUGCCUGGACAAUUUCUGGGAUCAGAAUAAAAACAAGAACUGUCCGGUUUGUAAGAGGAAAUCUUCUAAGGGCUUAGGAAUUAACUAUUCACUGAAAGAGCUAGCUGACUCGCAUGCAGGAAGAGAGAAAGCAGGGGAGUCCAGGGAACGGAAGAAUGAUAGUGAUUCAAAGGAUGACAGAGAGAUCAUUUGUAGUAAACAUACAGAUGAACCUAAGUGGUUCUGUGAGGUGGAGCAGAGAGCUGUUUGUCACGAAUGUGAGUCUCCUGAUGGUCACGGACACACAGUCAUUCCCUUACAACAGGCAGUGAAAGACCUGAAGGAAAAAAUAACAUCUGAUUUAGAGUCACUGCAGAACAAGCGGACCAAAUGUGAAGACAUAGAGGAGACAUACAAUGAAAUAGUGCAAUACUCCAAGAAGCAGCUGGGAGCGACAGAGAGACAGAUCAGGGGGGAGUUUGAGAUGCUUCACCAGUUCCUGAGAGAGGAAGAGAAGGUCAGACUGGCUGCACUGAGGGAGGAAGAGGAGGAAAAGGGGAAGAUGAUCGCCAGAGAGAUGAAGAACAUUCAGGACCAGAUCACUUCUCUUACACAAAGCAUCACUGCUGUGAAACAUGAGCUGCAGAAACAGGAUGUACCAUUUCUCAAGAGCUACCAACACAUCCAGACAAGCCUUAAUGCCCAGUGCACACUGUUGGAUUCAGAGAUGGUCUCAGGAGCGCUGAUAGACGUGGCCAAACACCUGGGCAACCUGAAGUUCAGAGUCUGGGAGAAGAUGCAAGAGAUCGUCAAGUACACUCCUGUGAUUCUGGAUCCCAACACUGCUGAAUGUAGGCUCUCUCUGUCUGAAGAGCUCACCAGUGUGAGACAUUUAGGCAAAAGGCAGCAGCUCCCUGACAACCCAGAGAGGAACACAGAGUUUGCCCAGGUUCUGGGUUCUGAGGGGUUCAGCUCAGGAAAACACUGCUGGGAGGUGGAGGUGGGGGACCACCCUCACUGGUAUGUAGGCGUGGCCGAGGAGUCAAUCAACAGGAAGGGGAAGGCAUUUGUAACCCCUGGGUAUGGAGUGUGGGAUAUACAGCUGAGGGAUCAUGAGUAUAAUGCAGGAGGUAAGACUCUUUCCCUGGAGAGGAGUCCCCAGAGGAUCAGAGUGCAGCUGGACUACGACAGAGGGGAGGUGUCCUUCUACGAUCACGAAGACAUGACACACAUCUACACUCAUAAACACACAUUUACUAAGAAACUGUAUCCCUACUUCUCUAAUGGAAAGGCUGGGGAUGCUGACAACCGUGAUAUACAGAUCUGCCAAUCAGAGGUGUCUCUGACAGUGAAGUCAUAACAAUGAGGUGUGUGUGUGUGUGUGUGUGUGAGAGAGAGAGAGAGCGUUUUGAAAGGGGUGGUGGUGGGGAAGGGUAUUAGACCCAUUUCAGAGAGCUUAGUGUUGUGGUUUAUGAUUAACCAUUUGUUAAUGUGAUUGAUGAUCAGAAACUGUGUUUCUAUUUCUUUCUCAGAUAAGAGAGAUUCAACUGCUCACAUACACCAAGAUAAUCACAGAUGAAUGUUGUUAGGGUUGUGCCUGAGGUCUCAUGCUGGGUUUGUUGAAAUGAUUGGUGUCUAUGACUUUUUUAUAUGGGGAUUCAUAGAAAUUGAUACGUUUGUUCAGAGACCUGUGCCUCUGUCAUCUCUACAGCCUGAUGUCACCAGAUAGAUUUCCUCCUGAGAUGUGGCUGAAUAUGACUAAGGGGACAAAGGCCAAGUCCCUAAACACUGUGAUGAGUUAAAGUUUAACUAUCAGAGUAAUAUAACAGAGUAUGUGUGUUUAUAGUCAGAUGAUGUCAUAUCUAAGAGAGGAGCUGAGAUUGUAUCUUUGAGGUUUGCUUUGUGCAAAUGAUUUUCACUCUUUGGCUUUUGUUUGUUAUUUCAAUUACCUUUUCAUUGCAGACAUGACUUUAAAUCAUCCUCCCAAAUGAGAUUGUACAGUAUAAGGUGAUAGCCGUUAAGAUCUUUUAAAAUAAAUAUAGAUGUUUAAAUGGUAGCCUUAUGCUUAUUCUGUAUAUGCUUUGCUAAUCACUCUGUAUCAAAUGUGACCUCUUCUGAUUUGAAUAAU